AUGGAAAUAAAUAAAAUCCGCAACUUCUCAAUUAUCGCCCAUAUUGACCAUGGUAAAUCGACUUUGGCUGACCGUUUGUUAGAAAAAACCAACUUAAAAAACAGUGAUAAAUCGUUAGAAAGAGCACUCGAUAGUCUUUCUUUGGAACAAGAAAAAGGCAUUACGAUUAAAUUAAAUGCCGUCCAAUUAUAUUAUCCGCCCGAAAGCUCCGAACCUUAUAUUUUUAAUCUGAUUGAUACCCCUGGUCAUGUCGAUUUUAUGUAUGAAGUUUUCCGCUCUUUGGCCGCCUGCGAAGGGGUAAUAUUGCUGGUGGACGCCACCAAAGGCAUACAAGCCCAAACGCUGGCUUAUUAUGAAAUCGCUAAAAAUCUUAAUUUAAGAGUUCUCCCCGUAAUUAACAAAAUUGACUUGCCGUCGGCUCAAUUAACUACUACCCAAAACCAACUCAUUGAAUUACUGGACUGUCAAACAAGUGAUAUAGUCUUAAUUUCCGCCAAAACUGGUCAAAAUGUAGAUUUGCUUUUGGAAAAAAUUAUUACUGAUAUUCCAUCCCCGCUAGCAAGAAAAAAUAAUAUUAGUGAAAGAGAAGAGUUUACUGCAGGAGGUAUCAAAAUUCUCUUUUCUGGUAAAGCUAAUGCGCAACAAGUAGCUAGAAGAGUUAAACCUAGAACUUUAAAAGAGAUUGCUGAAUUAAGUAUUGCCAUGGUUACACUUUAUCAGUAUCAUGGUAAAGUAGAUUUAAUUAUUACCGACCCUCCCUAUAAUACUGGCAAAGAUUUUCGUUACAAUGAUAAGUGGGAUGAAGACCCUAAUGAUGGGGAAAUAACAGAAUUAAUCAAAGAAGAAGAUUCAUCUAAACAUACUAAAUGA